AUCGAAAUCAUUUUCACUGAACUCAAGAAUUAGAACAAGAUGACGUCUCCAAAGUUGGUCUUAUAUCUGACGUGUUUGUUCUUGGGAAAAAUCGCUCUGACGACUAAUCGGAAAAUAUCUUCAAGUGUUCAACAAGAGAAACGUUUUAUAUCUGCUAAUGUUGGAGAAAAUGUGACUUUGCCAUGCUACAUUGAAGACUGUGAUACAGAUUGGCUUUACUGGUUCAAACUAACUUUGGGACAGAAACCGAGGAUCAUCUCUACCGCCUAUAAGUAUAACGCAAAACCCACUUUUUAUCAUGAAUUCAACAAUUCACGCUUCACACUUGAUCACGGAAAAAGUACAAAUCACUUGACAAUUUUAAAUUUGCACAUUUCAGACUCAGCUACUUACUACUGUGCAUUUGCCGUUCAAUAUGUGUUGAAUUUUGCAGAAGGCAUUACAAUCAGUGUCAAAGGUUCAGGUUUGAACAUCCUACCUUCGGUCCAUCAGUCAACAUCUGAGAUCAUCCAGUCAGGAGACUCUGUGACUCUGAACUGUACAGUACACACUGGCAGCUGUGAUGGAGAACACAGUCUUUACUGGUUCAAACACUCUGAGGACUCUCCAGGACUCCUUUACACCCGUGGAGGCAGGAAUGAUCAGUGUGAGAGGAAACCCAACACACAAACACACACCUGUGAAUACAUCCUGCCAAUGGAGAGCCUGAAUCCUUCUCAUGCUGGGACCUACUACUGUGCUGUUGCCUCAUGUGGACACAUACUGUUUGGAAAUGGGACCAAACUGGACUUUGAAGAUGAGGUUGACUCUCUUGUGUAUUUCUUAAGUGGAGCUUUAGCAUUCAACUCCAUUCUGGUCGUUUUACUGGCUUUCUUAGUGUACACGAUGAAAAAGAUUAACAGCUGCCAAUCAACAGAGUCUGAAGCAAGAUUAUCAACUCCCUUUACAGCAAAUGCAGAGGUGAAAUGUAUCUCAAUAAGUUCAAUUUUUAUCGAUUACAUUUUUACUUCUAUUCAAUAUCUUUAUCCAUUUAUAUUUAUUUUGUCACCAGGGGUACCGCGAUGCAAACUGCCUCCAUUAUGCUGCUUUAAGUGUCAAUGUGCCCAGCAGAUCAAGACGACAGAGGAACAUCAACAACGAUGAAUGUGUGUACUCUGGUGUUCAGCUGUAGACCUACUACACAUUACUUGUGUUGAUUUAAAAUAAGAUUCAGUCAUCUUUCAAAUGUAAAAUAGAAUUAGAAGUAGAUUAAGAGAUAAAUGUAUUUUCCUAGUGGUCUGUGCUACAAAAUUGCAGCCAUAUAUUCCUAAUUUAGUUCAAAUUUGGUACCAAUUUGUAGAUGAUGUUAGACUUUUUUUUAAGUUUCCUUAACCUUAGCCAAAAUAACUUGUCAUAACAUAUCUUUUUUAAAUCAUCUUUUAGUUUCAUGUAUUCAUAUUUUGUAGAAAACUAAAAUGUUGUGCUUUAUAUGCUUUUUUCUGUCCAUUGUAUGUCAUGUCAUGAUCAAAAAGGGCUAAUUUAUUAAAUGGACUCUUUCAUCUUGAGAAAAUAUCUUAUAUGCAUAUGUGUUCACUUCCUCAUAUGGCGAUAUCUCUUUUUUUGACAAUCUUCAGACCUCUUUUUAUAUAUUUUUAGCUUGUUCAAUACUAUGACAAAAUAAAAAAGGGUAUGCUUUUCACAAAAGUGUGGAGAUCAGAUUUUACUUUACUGAUCUAUACUCCUAUGGACAUUUAAGAUAGAGUAUGGCAUUAAGACUAAAUAGUUUGGUUAUGCAGCAGAUUGACCGACGAAGUAUGAACUAAAGAAAAGGACUUAAAUACAAUCUAAUCAAACCAACCCACUCUCUUCAGUCUGCGUACAAAUGACACGACUUUACACAUUGGAAAUGCGUGCAAUAGAUACGCAGAAGUCCGAUUUUGCGUUCAUAUGAUACGCUAACCAUUCCCAUUGCAACCCUGUCUCCUAAAAAUUACAUUCCCACAGAACUAAACUGCAUUCUCAAUUACGUUUAGCUAGAAACUUGUU